CCCCUGCGGUAAUGAACCUGCAGUACAAUGAACGUCCGCUUGUCUGUAAUUCUCUACGAUGAACGAGCAUGCAGUACUGCCUCCUGAAACAUAGUGGGCGCUAUGAACUCGGACAACCAGUUCCUCUUUUGCCUUCUUCUCCUUUGUUUUCAUUGAACACGAUGUAGAUGGCCAACCAAAACUAACGUUGAACACCGAUUUUCUAAUUAUUUUACAUUAAAAAACGUAAAAUCACGUCAUCUUCAGGCAGAAGUUGUGUAUUAUUUUGCUAAAUGGUCUUUAAAUAGAUAUUAACAUAUACUAUUGAUAUCAACACCUGAAACAUGACUGCACGUGUUUGUCAGAUCUCUGGGAAGGUUUUGUCGACCCACUGAGUUAGUUUACACAUGGGCAGCUAACUCCCUGCUUGUCAUCAAAUGGUAGGAGAAAAACAUCGGUAUUGAAUCUCUUGAGGCUUUAAUUGUCAUCAUGUUGAAAUCUAAAACCUUCAUGAAGAAGACCCGGUCGGGUGGGGUGAUGAAGAUAGUUCGUGAGCAUUACCUGAGAGAUGAUAUUUGGUGCGGAAGCGAGAUUUGCACUGAAUGCAAACAGGAGUCCCCGGUGCUGCAGAGAGACCCGUCUAUUGAGAGCAACCUGUGCUCUUAUCCACAUUAUGUGAUUCCUGACACUAAUGUUGUGCUGCACCAGAUUGACGUCUUGGAAGACCCUGUGAUUCGUAAUGUGAUAAUCCUUCAGACUGUGCUACAGGAGGUACGCCACCGCAGUGCACCAGUCUAUAAACGCCUGAAGGACAUCAUACAUGAGCAAGAGAAACACUUCUACACCUUUACCAACGAACACCACAGAGAGACAUUCAUUGAACGUGAGCCCGGAGAGAGCGCCAAUGACCGCAACGACCGCGCGAUCCGUGUGGCUGCAAAAUGGUACGGCCAGCACCUGGAGAAGGCCGAGUCCGAAGCAGACGCACUCAAGGUGGUCCUCCUCACCAAUGACCUAGGGAACAAGCAGAAGGCAGAGGAAAGCAGCUUGCUGGUGUACAGAUGUGAAGAAUACAUCAAGAGUCUGAUAGGGAACCCUGAGCUUGUGGAUCGUCUGGCUUUGUCCAAUGAUGACAAGCAUGAUAUCACAAGCAGUAAGGUGUUAUUCCCAGAGCACCUCCCCCUGUCCAGGAUCCAAGCAGGAAUUAAGAGCGGCACUUUCCUCCAGGGCACCUUUAGGGCCAGCAGGGACAACUAUCUGGAGGCCACAGUCUUUGUUCAGGGAGAGGGUGAAGACAGCACAGAGGUUCUCAUCCAAGGUCUUCAGAACCUCAACAGAGCAGUGUACCAAGAUGUCGUUGCUGUGCAGCUGUACCCGCGCAAUCAGUGGUUGGCCCCGUCCUCAGUCAUGCUGCAGGAUGAAGGCGCAGCAAAGGACGAUAAUGAGGAGGACAAAGAGGAGGAGGAUGAGGAGAAAUCAUUGAGGAUAUCCGCAGCUGAAGCAGCCAGGAAGCCCACAGGCAAAGUAGUGGGAAUCAUCAAAAGGAACUGGAGGCCAUUCUGUGGCAUGCUCAAUCUCUCCCAGAUCAAAGAGUCAACUCGCCAUCUCUUCACCCCGGCAGACCGGCGUAUCCCACGCAUCCGCAUUGAAACACGUCAGGCGGCCACGCUGGCAGGCCAGAGGAUCAUGGUGGCCAUCGACGGCUGGCCCAAACACUCCAGAUAUCCCAAUGGCCAUUUUGUGCGCAGUCUGGGAAAUGCAGGAGAUAAGGAGACGGAGCAGAUGGUGCUGCUGCUGGAGCAUGACGUCCCCCAUCAGGCCUUCUCUCAGGCUGUGCUCAGUUCCCUUCCCAAGAUGCCAUGGGCCAUCACACCAGAGGACAUGGUGAGGAGAGAGGACCUGAGGCAUCUGUCAGUGUGCAGUGUGGAUCCUCCUGGAUGUACAGACAUAGAUGACGCCCUGCACUGUCGAGAGCUGGACAAUGGAAACGUUGAGGUGGGCGUCCACAUUGCUGAUGUAAGUCACUUCAUCAGACCGUGUAACGCCAUGGACAAGGAGGCUGCGAACCGUGGCACCACUGUCUACUUGUGUGGCAAAAGGAUAGAUAUGGUUCCAGAGCUGCUCAGCUCCAAUCUUUGUUCUCUACGCUCCAAUGUGGAACGGCUGGCUUUCUCAUGUAUCUGGGAGAUGAACCACAAGGCUGAAAUCAUUAAGACCCGGUUUACAAAAACUGUCAUUAACUCCAAGGCGUCCUUGACCUAUGCUGAGGCCCAGAUGAGGAUUGAUGACACCACUAAGAACGAUGACAUCACCAAGAGCCUGCGAGGUCUCAACAAACUAGCCAAAGUCCUCAAGAGGCAGAGGAUAGAGAAAGGGGCGCUGACGCUGUCAUCCUUAGAAGUCCGAUUCCACAUAGACAGUGAAACCCACGACCCCAUUGACCUCCAGACCAAAGAACUCAUGGAGACAAACUCUAUGGUGGAGGAGUUCAUGUUGCUGGCCAAUAUUUCAGUUGCCCAGAAGAUUUACGAUGAAUUUCCAGACUGUGCUAUGCUGAGGAAACAUCCAGCACCGCCUCCAUCUAACUACGACAUCCUGCUCAAAGCUGCAAAGUCCAAGGAUGUGGAGAUCCACACAGAUUCGGCGAAGGCGCUGGCUGACUCCCUCGACAUGGCCAGAGUGGACGGCUUCCCGUACUUUAACACGCUACUGCGCAUCUUGGCCACUCGCUGCAUGAUGCAGGCGGUCUAUUUUUGUUCCGGCAUGGACACCGACUUCCACCACUACGGCCUUGCUUCUGCCAUUUAUACACACUUCACGUCACCUAUUAGGAGGUACGCAGAUAUUAUAGUUCACCGCCUGCUGGCAGUGGCCAUAGAGGCAGACAGCACCUACCCAGACUUGAUGGAUAAACAAAAGCAGUCAGCCCUCUCUACCAACCUCAACUACAGACACAAAAUGUCUCAGUAUGCGCAGAGGGCAUCUGUGGCCUUCCACACGCAGUUGUUCUUCAAGAGCCGAGGCAUACUGAACGAAGAGGGAUUUGUUCUGUUUGUGAGGAAGAACGCAAUCAUCGUACUCAUCCCAAAGUUUGGCCUGGAGGGAACGGUCUUUUUUGACGCCAAACACAAAGCGACCCCAAAACUUGUUUUUGAUGAAGAGGGUCCCACUCUGAAAGUAGAGCAGCACACCUUCCACAUAUUUGACAUGGUGAAGGUCACCAUCAGCCUGGACGCCUCCAAUAUUCAGCACCAGAAGAUCCGCAUGUCUCUGAUUGAGCCCGUGAUUUCCGGUGUGAGUGUUCCAGCCCCAGUUGUUGAACCUCAGGCCAAGAAACCAAAACUGGACCGCUGACACAGAAAGCAGAGCGGCAAUUCACCCGAACCACCAGCUGAUCCUCCAGAUCAAGACGUUGCAUAAGUCUAUAGGCGUUGACACUAUAAACACUAUGCCCGGUUAUAUUUUGAGCAACGGUGCCCAUUUUAAUAAAUCAACCUGUGUGAAGCUGCACAGCUCUUUUUAUGUGAAACACUUGUUGGUACAUAGAGCAGUGUAACUUUUCGACAAUGUAGUUACACAUUAAAUGUGUUUUAUUUUUACUUAUUAGUUUGUGUUUUAUGUAAGCUCAUGUGUGUCUGAAUCUGUUUAAGUGGUUCAUAAUAGACAUUGUCCACAGCAGUACUCAACUUACGGCAUGUGAUACAAUCUUUAUUCACCGUGUAGAUGAAUGAUGCAUUUUCUGUAAUGUAUACAAGAGUUCAUAAAAUAAAAAAAUUAAAUUGUUGAUUGUUUUAAAUAAAAAAAGAGCCAGGGAUGGACUUUUAA